AUGAAUGGCACGUUAUCCGGCAUACAGUAUGCUCCCAAUCGGGCUCCGCUCUUGUCGUGUGCUUCUUUCCUGCCGCAGGAGACCCUGGCGAACCUGGAGCGGCAGAUCUACGCCUUCGAAGGCAGCUACCUGGAGGACACCCAGAUGUAUGGGAACAUCAUCCGUGGCUGGGACCGCUACCUGACCAACCAGAAGAACUCCAACAGCAAGAACGACCGACGCAACCGGAAGUUCAAGGAAGCCGAGCGGCUCUUCAGCAAGUCUUCAGUCACCUCAGCAGCUGCCGUCAGCGCACUGGCCGGAGUUCAAGACCAGCUCAUUGAGAAGCGGGAGCCGGGCAGUGGAACGGAAAGCGACACUUCUCCAGACUUCCACAAUCAGGAGAAUGAGCCCAGCCAGGAGGACGCUGAUGAUCUGGAUGGGUCUGUGCAGGGUGUGAAGCCCCAGAAAGCUGCUUCCUCCACUUCCUCGGGGAGUCACCACAGCAGCCACAAAAAACGGAAGAACAAAAACCGACACAGCCCGUCUGGCAUGUUUGAUUAUGACUUUGAGAUUGAUCUCAAGUUAAACAAAAAGCCAAGAGCCGACUACUAGACUCAUCAGCACUGAAGCUUCCACGAUGUGGGCCCCACGUGAGUCCCCACCGAGGAAAAUGCCAAUCUAGCGCAGGAGUGGGCUGCCAGCUCUGCAGCUGCAUGUCUGCAGCCGGAAGCAGCCAAUUCUGUCGUGCUGCUGCGGGGGAGACCGUCUUGGCCGAUGUACUUUGUACUUUGUGUCAUUGUGAGUCCCCUGGGACACAGGACUGGGCUGCGGCAUGGGCGAUCUUCGAGUCCUGAGGGCUUGCGCUGUCACCCGGCUGAAGGCACCCUCCAGCCGGCUGACCCCGCCGCCACCAUCGCCAUCAUCUGUCAUCACUGCCGAGAGACAUCACCGUCGCUCCCAUUCCCAGGGGCUGGGCCUGUUUGUCCGCGCGGGUUGUAAAUCUGUUACAUGGAUUUUUUUUUUUUAAUACGGCUCGUUAGUGUUUUGUUCUUGUUCGGGAUUGUUUUAACCAAAGUGACAAACCGGCUCUUCAUCUCUUUCCUUUCCUACAAGCCCAGCCAGGCAGGCAUGCUCUUUGUUUUGGGGACCGCUCCACUACAGUUCUUACCUGGCGUGGAGCAGCAAGUGGCUCCCCCUUUCCUCUCUCUCCUCCCUUCCCCAGGGCCCUGCGGGCUCUGAACGAUGGGAAGGCUGGAGCUCAAAGCCCUCUUGCUCUGGGUGAUGUGUGGGGGGCAAGGGGUGGAGUCUCUUUUUAAUGCAACCUUCUGUCAUUUGUAUAUAAAACAAUAAAAGUCCCACGUUUGCGUC